AUGUGUCUAUGUUUACACUUCUAUUCAUCAGUGUCCUAUUCAAGAGGUAUGAAAUUGAAGCUAAUUGAGUCACUCAGACCACUGAGUUCCUAUUGGGACUCAUCCAGUUCUGCCUCUAUUUUAAUCUUGCCGCACGAGGUGAUUGCUAAAAUCUUACACUACAAGUAUGUAAGGGAUCAACAACUCAAGUACGUUUAUCAUAUGAUUAAAACUUGUAAAGAAAUUUAUUACAAUCAUGUAUCAUUGCUUUACACUCUAGAGCCUGUGGUUGUGAGUUUGGCCAAAUAUCCUAAUGGAAUAUCAGUGGAAACCUUGCGGUUGCUAAACAAAAGUCAAAUAUCUAAUCAAGUGAAAUGGUUACAGUGGGUCUUGACCCCUAAAAUCACCACCACAAAAAAGCACCAAGACAUGGUCAUUAAUUGUAUCACUGAUUUCCCUCGACUUACUAGCCUUCAUCUUUCCAUCAGCUCGUUGGAUUUAUUAACCAAUCUAACCAAGUUGCCGACAAGCGUUACUUCUUUAGAGAUCUGUAUCACAACUCAGGUAAAUCCUGCCUGGAAUAUGGAAGGUAUUUCCAGAGACAUCCCUAAACUUAACUUGAAUGUGUUGAAGUUCCAAUCUUUUUAUCCCUUAAGCUUAAAGAAAUAUUAUUAUCCAAUUGUAAGAUCUACUUUGGUUUCAAAAUCGCCAUUGUAUUCCUGGUUGGCAAUUAAUGAUAAUAUUCCAACCGCACACAAGAACUCUCCAAUCAAUCAAGUUUGUGAAAUUUUGGCUGUCUUGUUGUACAACGCGAGGUUUUCUUUACAAUACCUUCACAUUGAGAAAUUGCAUCCAGUAUUUUUGUUUCGUGUUAUGGAAGUAGCCUUCUAUCCAAUUUCAUUCCUAACGCCACCACUUUCAGAUUUGAGUGAUUGUAAUGAGUUUCCAGAAUUGAAAUUAAUUAAAGUGGACAAUUCCUACCUGUUGACAGAUGAUUUGCUUCUAAAGUUCUUAGGGCAAAAAAAGGAAAAACUAAUCAUCACGGAUUUCAUGUUUCAAAAAGAAGUUAUUGAAGUGAGGAUAGAUGAGUUUCAGACCAUUUUCAAAAUAAUUCACCAUAGAAACGAAUAUUCAUGUAUGAACUUGUUUGCUGAAUUGAAAUUCAAAGAAUAA